UGAUCAUUUUAAUAAUUGAAAAAGAGAGAAAAGAAGGAAUAAACAAAUGAUAGUAUAUAUGGCCAUGAAGUUCGCAACAAAUUCCCCAAACGGCGCGGCGGCGGCGUUUAAACUUUGUGUCUCUCCAAACACAUCCGCCGUUGCCGCCUAUAAGUGACCACCACCGUCGUUUGUAAAUCCCUAAUGGCUCACUCCUCAUCGCACAUUUUCACUUCCCUUCCAAACCCUCCCAACUUCUCUUCUCUCAACGAACUCUCGUCAUCUUCUUCUUCUUCUCACUUCAAACUCCAAUUCAAACCUCAUUCCUCAAAACCCUUAUCUUUAACAACCAAUUUCCACAACCGAAAAAACGAAACACCAACGAAACGCAAUGCGUUGAACGAAGGAGUAAACGGAAGAAUUGAAGAAGAAAUUAACAUCAACAAUAACUCAUUGGAAGAUAAACAAUUCGUUCGUUCUUUUCGUGAGGCAUGGCCUUACCUUUGGGCUUAUCGAGGAAGUACUUUUGUUCUCAUUAUUUCCGGGGAAAUUGUUGCUAGUCCUUACUUGGAUCCCAUUCUCAAGGAUAUAGCUUUUCUUCAUCACCUUGGAAUUCGGUUUGUUCUUGUUCCUGGUACCCAUGUGCAAAUUGAUAAACUUUUGACUGAGAGAGGGAGCAAGCCUAAGUACGUUGGGAGAUAUAGAAUAACUGAUGAUGAAUCUCUAGAAGCUGCAAUGGAAGCAGCUGGAGGAAUAAGGUUGAUGAUGGAAGCAAAACUUUCACCUGGACCUUCCAUAUGUAAUAUACGUAGACAUGGUGAUAAUAGUCGGUGGCAUGAUGUUGGUGUUAGUGUUGCCAGUGGUAACUUCCUUGCAGCCAAGAGAAGAGGGGUGGUCGGUGGAAUUGAUUAUGGGUCAACUGGGGAAGUUAAAAAAGUAGACGUAACUCGCAUGCGUGAGAGACUUGAUGGUGGUUGUAUAGUUAUUUUAACCAACUUGGGCUAUUCCAGCUCUGGAGAAGUAUUGAAUUGCAACACCUAUGAAGUUGCAACAGCUUGUGCGUUGGCUAUAGGGGCGGACAAGUUAAUAUGCGUUAUAGAUGGUCCAAUACUUGAUGAGAAUGGACGGCUAAUCCGUUUCUUGCCUCUUCAAGAAGCGGACAUGUUAAUUCGUAAACGGGCUGAGCAAAGUGAAACAGCUGCUAACUAUGUGAAAGCCGUCGACGAAGAAAGUUUCAAUCCUGUUGAGCUUAACAAUUUUAACGGGACAGUCAAAUCUCCACCUAAUGGAAAACACAUUAUAGAAUGGCAUAAUGCAACUUUCCAUAAUGGUGUUGGUUUUGAGAAUGGAGAUGGCUUAGGGACUAGCGAGCAAGGCUUUGCUAUUGGAGGUCAAGAACGGCUAAGUCGAAUGAAUGGUUACCUGUCGGAAUUGGCUGCUGCAGCUUUUGUUUGCAGAGGCGGAGUUCAAAGAGUUCACUUGUUGGAUGGCACUAUUAGUGGAGUUUUAUUGUUGGAAUUGUUUAAAAGAGAUGGGAUGGGAACAAUGGUGGCUAGUGACCUUUACGAAGGCACUCGAAUGGCACAGAAUGAAGAUCUUUCUGGAAUAAAACAAAUUAUUCAGCCUUUGGAGGCAUCUGGCAUACUCGUUAAGCGGACUGAUGAAGAGCUGCUACAAACUCUGGACAAUUUCGUUGUUGUGGAAAGAGAAGGUCAAAUAAUUGCUUGUGGUGCCCUUUUUCCAUACUGCGAGGAGAAGUGUGGAGAGGUUGCUGCUAUUGCGGUAUCUCCUGAUUGUCGUGGCCAAGGACAGGGAGACAAAUUGCUUGAUUAUAUGGAGAAGAAAGCAUCAUAUCUUGGAUUGAAUAAGCUUUUCCUACUUACAACACGUACGGCGGAUUGGUUUGUGAGGCGUGGAUUUUCGGAAUGUUCAAUUGAUUAUAUUCCUGAAAAGAAAAGGAAAACAAUCAACCUGUCCCGCAAAUCGAAGUAUUAUAUGAAGAAACUUCUACCAAAUAAGAGUGGAAUUACUGUUGGUGGAAAAAAACUUGCUUCAAAUUAGUAGUAGUGCCAUUUUCCAGUUACAAGGAGGGAAGGGUGAUUUGAUGCAAGAUAUUGGGCACUUGUGUAGACUAUAUAGAUAAUAAAUUAUAAUAAUCACCUAUGAAUAUGGUAGCUGAAAUAUCUGUCUUUUUUACCAGUUCUUCCACAUGUAGCAUUAAUGUUUGUAUUGUAAAUCUAUUGUCAGUAUUUAUUUUCUACUUUUUGAGUGUUUUUUCCCUUCUCUUGACCAAAUUCAAAUAAUUAAUAUUGAUCUGCCUAUGUGAA